CCGCAUCAUUGAAUCCAAACCCUUCCACGAAUUCCCCUUCUCUUGCCUGCUCGUUUACUUGUUCAGAUUAACAGUGCGUGAUAUCCGAUCGCGUCAUGGACCUAUCCAAUCUUAAGGAGCAGGUCAGCAACUUGACUUUGUAUGAUCUCAAGGCGGGAGUCCGCAAGGUCCAAAAUGCUGUCAUGAAUUAUACUGAAAUGGAGGCCAAGGUCCGAGAAGCUACAAAUAAUGAGCCUUGGGGUGCCUCGACCACAUUGAUGCAAGAGAUUGCCAACGGAACCCAUAGCUAUCAAUUACUCAACGAAAUCAUGCCCCUGAUCUAUAGACGAUUUACAGACAAGACCGCAGAGGAGUGGCGACAGAUCUACAAGUCGCUUCAGCUUUUAGAGUUUUUGAUCAAGAACGGAUCCGAACGAGUGGUUGAUGAUGCCCGGUCUCACAUGUCCCUUAUCCGAAUGCUCCGCCAAUUCCACUUUAUUGAUCAGAACGGGAAAGAUCAAGGUAUCAAUGUGCGCAACCGAGCGUCGGAGUUGGUGAAGCUUCUUGGUGAUGUGGAUCAGAUUCGUGCGGAAAGAAAGAAGGCCAGAACCAAUCGUAAUAAGUUUGGUGGAUUUGAGGGUGGCUCGCAUAUUGGAGGAGGAGGGGGAAUGUCAAAUUCAAGGUACGGUGGCUUCGGAAGUGACAGCAUGUCGUUCGGCGGAUACAGCGGGGGUAUCUAUGGCGAUGGAGGUGGUUUCGGAGGCAACACAACCGACUACCAAGAUACUGGACGGCGGGGCAAUCGUUUCGAGGAGUACGAUGAGUAUGACGAAGCAGAUGCCAGUCCGCCGCGGCGACGUGCAGCAAGUCCGCCUCGUGCUCGCUUGUCAAAGCCGGAACCGAAACCAAAAGCACCCGAGCCGGACCUUUUUGACUUUGGAGACGAAGACGUUGCUUCCACAACCUCUACCAGUGCCGGCAAGAAGCCAGCAGGUAGUAAUGACUUGGAUGUGCUCGAUUCUAAACCCAUCGAUGACGAUGACUUUGAUGAUUUCCAGUCCGCGACUCCCGCUCCCGCCACAGCGCCAGCGGUAUCUAACCAUUUCGCCAUUUCACCGCCAGCAAAUACUGUGAGCACCACUUCAAGCACGCAAUUUGCUGCGCCGAGGCCGGUGUCUGGCACUCAAGGCACAAACUUAAACGGUCUCGUUGGGUUUACAUCGAUGACCCCGACUCCGACUUCGAGCACCAUGGCAUCUCCGACACUGUCGCAGAGCUCUAUGGUUCAGCAACAGCAACAGAAGUCAUCUCAGCCCAGGCCUACAGGAUUCCAGGCUGCGACGCCAAAUUACUUCACCUCCGUUUCCACGAUGCAGCCUCAGGCGGGUGUCUCCAACCACCGGCCAGGCAUGGCAUCCACCUCAUCAUUCACAUCCGCCAAUUCGAUCUCGCCUGCGGCAGCUAAGCCAGCCGCGUCAAAGUCCUCGAACAAGGAUGCCUUCGGGUCACUGUGGUCGAGCGCCAGUGCCAGCGCAGGGCUGCAGAAGACAAACACAGGCGGAAACAAAGGACCUAACCUGGCAAGCAUGGCCAAGGAGAAGGCUAGCGCGGGUAUCUGGGGGACACCGGCAACACCCAGCUUUGCGUCCCCGUCUCCUUUACAGAGUCAGCCCUCCCAGCAAGGGGCCAAAACCGGUAGCUCCGGGCUGGAUGACUUGCUCGGCUAGCCUACCUGCCUGUGUCUCUUUACUGUGUUUUCAAAUCUUUUUUUUUUUUUUCUGCUGAGCAAUAUUUGCAAUACUACUGUGAUUUUACUGUCUUCAUCCCCAUUUUCAGCAACGAAUCAUUGGUAGCAAACGAUGCCAGACCGUCCCUCGAUCUCAUGUUUCAGAUUCUGUAUAUCCGGAUGGUCAUGAUAGCUCUUUCGUUCUUUGCGUGGAGUCAAGGCUCGGGAGAAAAAAAAAUACGACUUUUUUUCCCUAUCAGAACUCUGGACAGACCCAUUUCUCUUUUAAAUAAUUAUACAACAAGAUUAAGGUUCCCGUGUGUCUAUUCCCAAUCAAUCAUGGGAAAGAUGCAACUUUGGCCAGGAAGCUGUGAUGCUUUAAAA